GCCGCCUGAGCUCCGCGGGGCCGCCGCUCUCCCCGCGCGGAUUUUCCGCCCGCGGCGCCGCCGGGAUCCGCGCCGCUCUGCGCGCCCGCGCACCCCCGGCCCGGACGCUGGACGCCAUGUUGUGGAAACUAGCCGAUAACGUCAAGUACGAGGAGGACUGCGAGGACCGGCACGAUGGGAGCAGCAACGGCAACCCGCGGCUGCCGCACCUCUCGGCCGUCAGCCAGCACCUCUACAGCCCGGCGCCGCCGCUCUCGCACUCGGGCGCCUCCGACUUCCAGCCGCCCUACUUCCCGCCGCCCUACCAGCCGCUGCCCUACUCCCAGUCCGGCGACCCCUACUCGCACCUCGGCGACCCCUUCGCCAUCAACCCGCUGCACCAGCCGCCGCCGCCGCCGCCCAGCCAGCAGCAGAGCGCCUGGCCCGGCCGGCAGAGCCAGGACCCCCCCGCGCUGGCGCCCCACGCGCGCCCCGGCCUCGUCCCGCACCUCUCGGCGCUGGAGGGCGGCGCGGCCGGCGGCCGCCGCGACACCUUCCGCCGCUCCGAGCUGCUGCUGCCGCACGGGCACGGGCUGGACGCCUCGGCGCUCGCCGACAACCUGGGGCUGCACGACGUGGCGCACCAGAUGGAGGAGGUGCAGAACGUGGAAGAUCAACACUUACUAAUGCACGACCAGACAGUCAUUAGAAAAGGUCCCAUUUCCUUAACGAAAAACAGCGCUCUGAGUCUGCCCUGCCAGAAGGACGGAUUAAUCGGAGUGGUCAUAAACCCCAACGAAGUGUUUUGCUCUGUUCCGGGGCGACUUUCCCUCCUGAGCUCCACGUCCAAGUACAAAGUGACGGUGGCCGAGGUCCAGAGAAGGCUCUCGCCCCCCGAGUGCCUCAACGCCUCCCUGCUGGGGGGGGUGCUCCGAAGAGCCAAAUCUAAAAAUGGUGGCAGAUCAUUAAGGGAAAAACUGGAUAAAAUUGGCUUGAAUCUUCCAGCUGGUAGAAGGAAAGCUGCAAAUGUGACAUUAUUGACAUCUUUGGUGGAAGGUGAAGCUGUGCAUCUUGCUCGUGACUUUGGUUAUGUGUGUGAGACAGAGUUUCCAUCCAAAGCAGUGGCCGAAUACUUAACUCGACCACACAUGGGCCGCAACGAGAUGGCCAACAGGAAGAACAUGCUUCUUGCUGCAAAGCAGAUCUGUAAGGAAUUCACGGACCUCCUCACUCAGGACAGAACUCCCCUGGGCAACACGCGCCCCAGCCCCAUCCUGGACCCUGGCAUCCAGGGCUGCUUGACUCACUUCAGCCUGAUCACACAUGGCUUUGGGAGCGCUGCCAUCUGUGCUGCCAUGACAUCCGUCCAGAACUACCUAAAUGAAGCAUUAAAAAUAGCAGACAAGACGUACAUGAACGCUGGCGACCAGAGCCCCGCGGAAAGCAACAAACCCCUGGAUAAAAUGGAUAAGCACAGGAAGUAAAAGCAGCGCGACCAGACUUUAAACUCUUCCUCCUAAACGCAGACUGGGAUCUUCUUGCUGGGGGGAAUGUAGAAAUUUGGUUACUUUUUUUUUUUAUUUUUUUAUUUUUAAAAGAAAGGAGCAAAAAAGAAAAAAAAAACCAUCUUAUUCAGGAUCUUCACUCCCCCUGGAUCCAUGAGACAAGUCUUUCUAAAAGCUGCAGUGUCCCUUAUCUGUGGAAGCAAUGACCAGAAGAUAAGUACGUGGUGCAAGUGUAUCAAAACCUUUUGCUGUAAAAGUGGUGCUAUAUAAGGGUUUUUGUUGGAAAUACUCAGAGAGAUAUAUUUAGAUUUUUUUCCACCUCUAAGUAUCCAGUGGUGACCAGCUUCGUGUAUAGUUUUUAAAAGACAGAUUUUAGAUGGGAGCCUAUUCAUUACCUGACAAAAUUUCAGGGUUUUAUUCUCUCUAAAUGCAACAGUAACAAUAAAGCAGUAUUAAACAAUGGUAUAUAGAUAUAUGUACAUUAAAAUUUUUUUAUAAACACCUGAAAAAGUAAGAUUAUUCUGUUCUUUGCUUUAUUUUCCAAUUACCAUAGGAGAGUACUAAAAUCCUGGCAGAUAUAAAAGUUAUCUGAUGGCAUCUGACAUGCUUAUUUUUAUGGAAAUAUUCAUGCUUUCAAAAACUGCAGUAAUGUUGUCUGCAGGGGGAUAUUAUCUUGAUAUAUUUUUAACAAGGAAUAGUUCAAAAUGAAAAUGCUUUUAGAAAAUGAAUUCUGUGUCUAAGGAUAUUGCAGCUUUAUUCACAUAUUUAUAUUGUGUCGUCUUUUUAAAUUGGGGGAGGAUGACAGGACUUGAAAAAAUAGGCACAUAACUUUUUUUUUUUUUUUGAACUUUUGUUUUUGCCUCUUAAGGCCAAAAAAAUAUUUCCAGGGAGGCUUUAUGUGUAUUAAGGGAAGCAGUGUGUUGAAUGUAAAUAUUUAUUUAUGUGUAAUUUAAUCGGAUUUGUAAAUAAUGGUGAACUUUUUAAUACUUUUUUUUAUAAAUGGGUUUCAAAUUUUAAUUUUGGUAAGUAUUUCAAAGGUAAUGGGUAAGCUGAACAUAUCUUUAGGUUUAUGCACAGGUAUGUUAUACAGGGUAUUUAAGACUUUUUUUUUAAAUAUCUCAAUUCUUGCCACUGAAGAUUAGAUUUAAUCUGAGGUGUUAUGUUCACAAAGCAAUAAUUUUGUGCAUCAUUCACCUGAUAACUGACUAGACAUGCGAACCGAGUGUGUGAGUUAGUGUGUAUGUGAAUAAUGGAGGUUCUCACCUAUCUUGACAUAUUUGUAAAUGUUCCCACUAUAAUUCUGAUGUAUAUGAUAACCAUAUAAUAAAAGUAUUCUGGAUAGAA